AUGAUAUUCCCGAAUCCCCUGGUUUUCCGUAAGCCUAGUUGGCAGCUCAGAGCCUGCUUCGCCUCUGUGUUGGUCACUCCUGUCCUCUACCGAUUCUAUCUCAUUAUGGUCACCAUUGGAUACGUACUUUUUUCAAGUAUAAAACCAUGCCAAGUUUUUUCCUCUCCCCCACGUCCUGAUUACCCUGCGGUUGACUUGAGUUGGACCGGAGUGUUUCCUUGUGAGCUGGGAUGGAAGGGGAGUGCCCUGGCCGUUCUCAUUCUGUCAGCUGUGUUUAUCGCCUGUUACUCACUCAUCACUGCCUGCUUGGUGAGAUGGAACCCUCAGAAACAAAGGAAUAUUCAAUUUUACACAUGCUCAGUUUUUGAUACUCAAGAAAAGCCGACCAAGUUCCAAGUGAGAGUUCAGAGCACUAAUCGACUGAUGUUGCCCCCCACUCUCAGUCUGUGUGUACUGUUACUGAUGUUCCGCUUACUGUUACAGUCAGGAAAUGUUGAAGCAAACCCUGGACCAAUGUUUAGUUCAAGUUUGAUUCUCAGCGAUUUGCAGUCUGUUUAUGAGAAAUUGAUACUAGCCGCUGGAAACUGGUUUGACCUGGGACUUGCCCUGGGAUUAGGUCAUGGCACCCUCAGCAAUAUAAAAGAUGACUAUCAUCGGAAUAAGGAUUGUCUACGUGAAAUGAUAGCUGCUCGCUUGAAGACUGGCCCUCUCACCUAUUCUGAAAUAUGUCAGAGUCUCAGAGCACCAACAGUUGAACGAAAUGAUGUCGCUGAGGCUAUAGAGGAGAAAUGUUCAGAUGACAAUAUUUGGCCUGGGCCAUCAAAGAGGCCAAAAGUUUGUGUGAUUGAAGCAUACAAAACAUUCCUUAUUAGCACUUAUAACGUAAGACAGCUUCCUGCUGAUGAGCGCUGGCCUCUUAGCUGUGUGAAACAAUUUAUAAACCUGAAGAUUGUCGAUGAUCUUGAUCGAGCAACUCGAUCCAUAAUUCAAACACAUGAGGUGCACGGGAAAAUUGAUUGUGUAGGUAAAGGCACAGUUUGUUUUGAACAAAUUGCAUGUAAAUUUGCUGACUCAUUUCCCAAACUAGUUAUCAUCAAAGGAGCUCCAGGAGUCGGUAAGACCACCUUGUCAUGGGAACUAUGCAGACGGUGGAGUCUAGGGGACAUUUGGAGAGACUACUCUCUCGUUGUAUUACUGCGACUUCGCGAUAAGUGUACUCAUGAAGCUAAUAACUUGGUUGACCUAUUUGAAUGUGGAGAUGAAGCUACGUCCCAGAAAGUUUGGGAAGAAUUACUUAUCUCACAAGGUAAAGGAUUGCUGUUUAUUCUUGAGGGUCUUGAUGAAUUUCCACAAGCCUUUAGAGAAGCUAAAGAUUGUAUUAUCAUGAGACUCAUACAUGGAAAGCUUCUUCCAGCUAGCACUGUUGUCAUAACCAGCAGACCAUGGGCUUUGGAUUCACUUAAAAAAUGUAGCUGUCGAAUUGAUCGAACAGUUGUGGUCCUUGGUUUUACAGAGAUACAGAUACAAGAGUACAUUGAUCAGGCAAUUAAAGAUGGAGCACCAGAUGGAUUGCGAGCAUAUAUUGCUGCCAACCCACACAUUAACAGUUCCAUGUACAAUCCUCUAUAUGCUCAUAUUGUUGUUCAAGUGUAUAUUGAAUGCCAUUACAGAAAACACAAUGUUUUUCCAAACACAACAACAGAACUUUAUACUUCAUACUCGCGUGUUUUGCUAAAGCGAUACCUCACUGACCAUCCAGUGCAAGAGGAGUGGAAUGGUGAGCUUCAUGAGUUACCUCAAUCCCUUCAACCUCAUUUCCUUCACCUCUGCCAAAUUGCACACAAAGGAAUAGUAUUAAACGAACAUCAGCUUAUUUUCUAUAAAGAUGACAUCCCUGAAGGCAGUACUACGCUUGGUUUUAUGGAUAGUGUUCACCCAUUGUAUCGAUCCAUCACAACAACUACAUCUCCUUCAUUCAACUUUAUUCAUCUAACGCUGCAAGAGUUCUUGGCUGCACUCCAUAUACAGAGAACAUACCCCCAACAGAAACAGCUACUUUUCAUUGAGACACAAUCCGAAAAAUACAGUAUGAUCACUUUAUUUUUAGCUGGUCUCACACGAUUUUCUGAUCCCUGGACAAAAUGUGUUUUACCUAUGCCACAGGUUAGUCUAAUAUCAUCAGACGAAUUACCUGACGAAAUGGAGGUUCACCUCAAUAGAAAACACAUACUCUGGCUUUAUGAAAGUCAGAAUGAACAACUAAUUUCCUCUUUCGAUAAUGUUGUACUCCCUAUCAAACUAAUGCAGUCACAUUCGGAUUCCUUGUAUUUCCUUGCUUUAGGCUAUUGCAUAGCAAUAGGAAAAUUUAUGUUACAUUUUGAAAUUGAUACUACUUCCCACUAUAGCGAGGCAUUCAUAGUUGUUAAGAGUGAGCAAAAUCAGCGUCAUUUACUAUCUGGACUCAAGAGAUACAAUUCUAAAUGCACUUCACAAGUCAAAGUUUUCGAUAUACUGUGGGAUUUAUGCCCAUUUCCUGAUAGUUUGUAUGAAAUAAUCAACUAUAUUCCAGCUGCAAGCCAAGGAGUCCUACAAGUGUAUGAUGGCGAACACAUGCCGUUGGCAAGCAAACUAUCUAAAUUCAUAGUGAAUGCUGACACAGUUACUAUCCCAUCAACAAUAUCGCCGGAUUCAUUAGAAGUAUUGAGAUAUGCAAAAACUGUGAAGACAUUAUAUUGUCCUAUUAAUGACUCAGAGAUACCUAGCAUUUUAUAUGAUAGAAUUACGGAAUUCUGUUCUUCUUUGGAAUAUUUGGAAGUUACCAUAAACAUUGGCUGCAUGUAUUGAUGAUAGCGAUGAUGAAUCAAAUCUUCAUGAUAAUUCAGAAUCAGCUGAUAGCAAUGCACAAUAUCUACUGUUCAGAUUGAACAUAAGAAGAUUUAAAGAACUAAAUCGUUGUCAAUUAUUCCCUGCGAAAUUUGGUCCAAUAUUUACAGUUGAUUUUACAGAACAGGCAAAUAAGUUUAUUGUUCAUUUUUCUGAAUUCUUGGAGUAUUUCGGAUUAUUUACUGAUUAUAUUCCAACAUGCAGCAGUGCCUUAAGACUCUCGGUCUUUCAUUCCCUCUCUACGUGUCCUUUGUUGGAAAAGCUAACAAUUCAUGUGAACUCCAGUCCUCCUCAAGACAUCACAUCACUUGCAUAUGGGCUAGAUCUAUGUAAACAUAAAACGCUCCAAAAACUUGACAUUUUCAAUAUUCAGUUUAAUGGUAUCAAGGCACUCGGAGAAAGCUCCUCAGUUAGAGAAUUAUCUUGUAAUGUGGAGUUUACAUCAGAUGACACAGUGGAGGAGUUUUGUGACAUGCUGCAGCAAAAUAUUACUUUAGAGGAAAUAGAGCUUGAGGUUUGUCGUUGGGAUGAUAUUAUGCAUAACUAUUGGCUGCAAACGAUUGGAAGAGGCAUACUAGAUGAGGUGAUGCCAGCUGUUUCAUCUCGAUUUUUGCAACGAAGAUACAGUGUGCAGUCUGACGCUAAAGAAAUUUGUGAUUGUAACGAAGUUUACGGAUAUUAAUACUCACAUAAUUGUCAACACUGAUACAAUUAUGGCUAUUUGCAAUACACUUGAAAAUAAUAAGUAUCUCGAGUACCUGCAUUUUCCAAAACUACGUGUGGAACCACACCAACGUUUCUUACCACCUAUCGCACGUGCAUUAAGUAAGAAUGUGAGUCUCAUAAGUUUGGUAUUGGUGUUUGCACAUAUAAACACGGAAAAACCGCUUCUAUCGGAAGACACUAAAGCUGUUGUUGAUAUGUUGAAAGUAAAUAAGACGCUUCAUUUUUUCCACCUAAUGGUGGAUAUUUCCGACUGGUCUCCGAUUAUUGAAGCUCUAAAACUCAAUACAACAAUUAGAGAAUUACAUGUUCCAUUAAAUGCAAAGGAAAGUGCUAUAAAGUGUAUUGACUAUGUUCAUGUCAGAAAUUUAUAGCUGAAUUUAUAGCGUGUGUUUCA